AUGGCAGGCGCAGCCUGCGGCCUCCCUGCAGGCACCAUUGGGCCACUGCUCAGCAAGGAUGAUGCAAGCCUCGUGGUUUGGCUGUCUGUGGGCCAGAGUGUUGUUUGCGGUGCCUGGGUCGCAGUUUGCCUGCUGUCUGUGGGUGUUACUGCGACACUGGUGACCCCAACAUCUCGAACCACGAAAGCUAUGGACAGAGGGCCCUUCUGGGGCCUUCACCGUGCGGUGGCUUUUGCGCUGGGAACGUCGGCGAAGCUGCAGGAGGGAGAGCUGGUUCUGGAUCCCUUCGCCGGUCGUGGUGCCCUGCUUGCUGCCCUCGCACGGCGCUGGCCGUGUCGAUACCUAGGUUUCGAGUUGGAUCCGGCACGAGUGGCCGAAGCAGAGGUCAACCUCCAGGCGGCUGAGCUGCAGGAGCUGGCUGUGGUUCGCCGCGGCGAUGCGCGACAGCUUCCUCUGCCGGACGACUCGGUCGACGUCGUUGUCUCGGAUCUUCCCUUUGGCCGCAAGCACGGCAGUGUGGAGGCUAACCGCAGCCUGUACCCUGCCGCUUUGCGCGAGGUCGCACGGGUGCUCCAUCCCGGCGGCCGUGGUGUCGUAGCAACCGGAGACGAGAGUGCCGAGAUCUUGGACUCGGCCCUCUCUGGAGCGGAUCUUUGCCGCGUGGAUACCCUGUCCUUUGCCUUCGGAGGCAAGAGCGACGAUGCAGGUUGCAAAGCCGUUUGCUUUGCCAAAGGCAGUGGAGACAGGGAUCUCUUCGACUGGAGCCUCGCCGAAGCCGAGGUAUGCCAGCUUACAUCAGGAUCUUGCUAG